AUGAUAGCAGCUGUUGCUAGAUUAUCCGUUUUUCUCCUUGAUGGGCUUGUUCGGAUUGGCAGUGUCGUUGCUACGGUAUGCUCAUGGAUUGAAACAGCGGAUUCCGUGUCGGGAAAGAUGAAGCGAGAUUGUUCUGUGGACGCUGUGUCUACGGAAGCUGAAACUCUUAAGCUGAGUGUUUGGAUUCAAAGAAGACAGCAUUGA